CUUCCUCGCGCGAACAGCCCGGCCAAGUUGCAGAGUGCCGCUCAGCCUCGACCGCGCGGCUGCCGCUUGACGCUGGGGGUCCCUGCAGAGGAGCGCCCGCCCGCCCGCCAGCCUCCAUGUGCUUGUCCGCUGCGUGCUGAGAUCGCGCCAGUUCCCCCCCUCCCCUUACCCCGUAACUCCAUUCCACCAAACCGAAGCACCGAACCGACCAUGUCCAACCCCAACCACGACCCCUUCUACUCGUCCCCCUUCGGACCCUUCUACCGGAGACACUCGCCCUACAUGGUGCAGCCCGAGUACCGGAUCUAUGAGAUGAACAAGCGGCUCCAGACGCGCACCGAGGAAAGCGACAGUUUGUGGUGGGACGCCUUCGCCACAGAGUUCUUUGAGGAGGACGCCACGCUCACGCUGUCCUUCUGCCUGGAGGACGGACCAAAGAGAUACACGAUUGGCCGGACGCUGAUCCCCCGUUACUUCAGCACGGUGUUUGAGGGCGGCGUCAGUGAGCUGCACUAUAUCCUCAAGCACUCCAAGGAGUCCUUCCACAACUCGUGCAUCACGUUGGACUGCGACCAGUGCACCAUGGUCACUCAGCAUGGCAAGCCCAUGUUCACUAAGGUUUGCACGGAAGGUCGCCUGAUCGUGGAGUUCGCCUUCGACGACCUGAUGAGGAUCAAGACGUGGCACUUUACCAUUCGGCAGUACCGAGAGCUCAUCCCUCGCAGCAUACUGGCCAUGCAUGCACAAGACCCUCAGGUGCUGGAGCAACUGUCCAAAAACAUCACGCGCAUGGGUUUGACCAAUUUCACCCUCAACUACCUCAGGUUGUGCGUCAUCCUGGAGCCCAUGCAAGAGCUCAUGUCCCGACACAAGACGUACAACCUCAGCCCACGCGACUGUCUCAAGACAUGCCUGUUCCAAAAGUGGCAGAGAAUGGUGGCGCCACCAGCUGGACACCCGCAGAACUUCAAGACGGAAAUAUUCCCCACCAAUCACAAAAAAGGUCGCGCCAAAGCUGAGCCCGCCCGACAGACCACCACCAAGCGGAGGAAACGGAAGAACUCAGCCAGCAGCGCCAGCAGCAGCGUGGGCACCGCCGCCGGCAAGAAGCGCAGCCCCGCCACCAACUUCAGCCUCUCCAGUCAGGUACCUGACGUGAUGGUGGUGGGCGAGCCCACGCUGAUGGGUGGCGAGUUUGGCGACGAAGAUGAGCGUCUGAUCACGCGCCUUGAGAACACGCAGUACGACGCCACCAACGGCCUGGACGAUGACGACGACUUCACCAGCUCGCCGGCGAUGACCAACAACGGGCCGUGGAGCAGCAAGGCACCCAAUGGUGGACCUGACGGCAAAGCGGAGAACACGGCACCGCAGGCCUCGCAGUAGGAGCAGCACUUGCGGAAAAAUGACAGCAGUAAUAGCCACCGCGACUGGAUUAAAAAAAAAACAAAAA